GCAGUUUCAAGGUACACUGCUGUCUUGUCUGUGAGGGGAUCAGAUCUUCCCUCAAAUGGGAUGGAACCCCAGAGGGAGAUACCCAAGAAAAUCAACACAGAGCAUCUAAUUGCUGACAGGCGGGAAGGAAUUGGUGUCUGUGGCUGGAUCCUGGUUUCCCUUUCAUUCCUCCUGGUGCUUAUUACCUUUCCUAUUUCCAUCUGGGCAUGUAUGAAGGUUAUCAGAGAAUAUGAGCGAGCUGUUGUAUUUCGUCUGGGACGUAUACAGUCUAAGAAAGCAAAGGGAGCAGGUAUGAUCCUCAUACUUCCAUGUACAGAUACAUUUGUCAAGGUUGACCUCAGAAUGGUUGCCUGUAAGAUUCCUCCACAAGAGAUUCUCACAAAAGAUGGUGUUACUGCCCAAGUUGAUGGGGUGGUGUACUACAGGAUCUACAGUGCUGUCAGUGCUGUUGCUAACGUCAGUGAUGUCCACUCAGCAACCUUGCUUUUGGCACAGACAACCCUGAGAAACAUUCUGGGUAAGCAAAGCUUGGCUCAGCUGCUGGCAGGUCGUGUGGAGAUUGGACGCAGCAUCCAGGCUAUCCUCAACAGUGCCACGGAGCAAUGGGGAGUCAAAGUGGCCCGUGUGGAGAUCAAAGAUGUCAGGAUUCCUGUGGCCAUGCAGAGGGCAAUGGCAGCUGAAGCAGAGGCUGCUCGAGAGACAAGAGCUAAGGUUGUGGCAGCAGAAGGAGAAAUGAAUGCUUCUAGAGCUCUCAAGCAGGCCUCCAUGGUGCUGUCCGAGUCUCCAGCAGGUCUUCAGCUGCGUUACCUGCAAACAUUAACAACUGUGGCAGCAGAGAAUAAUUCCACCAUUGUCUUCCCUCUCCCUAUGAAUAUGCUUGGGAGUUUGGGGCAGAAAAGUAGAAGGGGAUAGCUUCUUAGCCAGAGAUAUUGAAAGGUUUCCUCAGGAAG